GAGAGGACGAACCGACCAACGGCCGCUGAGGGGAAAAUGUCUGCGGUGCCUGACGGAAAGAAGCUGGUCCGGAGCCCCAGCGGCCUGCGGAUGGUGCCGGAGAACGGAGCCUUUAACAGCCCCUUCUCCCUGGACGAGCCGCAGUGGGUCCCCGAUAAAGAGUGCCCGAGAUGUAUGCAGUGUGACACCAAGUUCGACUUCAUCAGAAGAAAGCAUCACUGUCGGCGGUGCGGCCGCUGCUUCUGUGAUAAGUGCUGCAGUAAGAAGGUGGUGCUGCCUCGGAUGUGCUUCGUGGAUCCGGUGCGACAGUGUGCCGAGUGCGGCCUCGUCUCUCAGAAGGAGAUGGAGUUCUACGACAAGCAGCUCAAAGUCCUGCUGGGAGGAGGAACCUUCGUCGUCACUUUGGGAACUUCAGAGAAAUCAGAAACUAUGACGUGUCGCCUUUCCAACAACCACAGGUACAUGUUCCUGGACGGUGAGAGUCACUUCGAGGUGGAGUUAUCUCGGAUCUCCAGCAUGCAGAUUUUAACAGACGGGACGAGUCCAGGAGAGAAUGACAUUCACACUUACACCAGUCUGCUGGACAGUCAGUGUAUCUCUGAAGGAGGAACAUCGAGGGCUAGCGGUAUGCUCCUCCACUACAAACCGAUGGGCUCUCAGGACGCUCAGCAGCUCCGCAUGGAGGCAGCAGACGAUAAGAAAGUGGCCUCGCUGUGGUUGGCUGCAAUGCACAAGGCGGCCAAACUUCUGUAUGAAGCUCGGGAUCAGUGACGUGAAGACUGAAGCCAGAGGCAGCACACACCCAAGUGUUUUCUAACCUCUCUCUCUCUCUCUCUCUCUCUCUCUCUCUCUCUCUCUCUCUCUCUCUCUCUCUCUCUCCCUCUCGUGGAUUUUUUUUAACGCCAGUUCUUGAUUCUUCUGCUUUAUCCGUCUGAUCCGGUUUUCCCUCAUCCGUUCUCUUGAUACCAGUUUAUUCUUAUCAUGGUAAUUUUUUGCAAAGAAAAGAAAAAUGUUUAUAGAAAGAAAGAAACAAAAAAACUAAAAAAAAACACUUUAUUACCUCCUAUAACGAAUACUUUGUACAUCAUGUUUACCACAACCGCUGUCGGAGGGUUGUCGUAAUUAUUUUUCACAUUUACAUCUCAGAGAGUUCUUUAAUCCUCUUUGAUUUAUUACGCAGCGUUAAUGUUUCUAAACCCAGCGGGAGAAAGAAGCUCCACAUCAUCGGUUCAUAUCUGCUGAUGUUGGAAAGUUUCUCAUUUAAUUCCUGGUUGAUAUUUUUUCAGAUUUGAGCCGUUUUCAUUCGCCAGGUAAUCCAAUUUUUUUUUUAUAUAUAUAUAUAGUUUACCUUUGUUGUUCUGCACAGACGUCGACCCUUUUUUGGACGUUAUAACAUCCAUGAAACGCGACCUUUCCUUUCAGAAACCAUUUUCAGAUGAAGGCACAGUUUGUUCAAAGUUUAAAUGACGACACGGUAAUUUUAUACUGCUGCUCUUUAAUUUAAGUUACUCAUCGAAGUAAUGAGACACUUUAUUUUCUUUUUUUACUUUCAUUUCACUAACCCUGCUCCUCCUCACACAUUAGCUUAAAGGUUAAAGGUUGAAUAUCUCGUUUUAAGGACCUUUCAAAAUAAAAGAGGCUUCAUGGUUUAAUCAGAUUGAACUCAGACCUUCCAGAUGAAGCAUUUAAGUUUUCCUCUAACAGGAACUAAACCACCAAUAACCUGCAACUUCUCAUAACUGGAACUCACAUGUUGUAAAGCUUUGACUUUAGAUUCUGAUUUGUGUGUUUCCACUGAUUUAUGGCAAAUAUUCAGAGCAUCCAAGACAGGAA